UCGAAACAAUAGCAAAGGACUGCCUCAGUCUACGAUUUCUUUUGAUGGAAUCUAUGCAAAUAUGAGGAUGGUUCAUAUACUUACAUCAGUUGUUGGAUCCAAAUGUGAGGUACAAGUGAAAAAUGGAGGUAUUUAUGAAGGAGUUUUUAAAACAUACAGUCCUAAGUGCGAUUUGGUACUUGAUGCUGCACAUGAGAAAAGUACAGAAUCCAGUUCGGGGCCAAAACGUGAAGAAAUAAUGGAGAGUAUUUUGUUCAAGUGUUCAGACUUUGUUGUGGUACAGUUUAAAGAUAUGGACUCCAGUUAUGCAAGAAGAGAUGCUUUUACUGACUCUGCUAUCAGUGCUAAAGUGAAUGGUGAACACAAAGAGAAGGACCUGGAGCCCUGGGAUGCAGGUGAACUCUCAACCAGCGAAGAACUGGAGGCUUUGGAAAACGACGUAUCUAAUGGAUGGGAUCCCAAUGAUAUGUUUCGAUAUAAUGAAGAAAAUUAUGGAGUAGUGUCUACAUAUGAUAGCAGUUUAUCUUCAUAUACGGUACCCUUAGAAAGGGAUAACUCAGAAGAAUUUUUAAAACGGGAAGCAAGGGCAAACCAGUUAGCAGAAGAAAUUGAAUCAAGUGCUCAGUACAAAGCUCGGGUGGCCCUGGAAAAUGAUGAUAGAAGCGAGGAAGAAAAAUAUACAGCAGUUCAGAGAAAUUCCAGUGAACGUGAGGGGCACAGCAUAAACACUAGGGAAAAUAAAUAUAUUCCUCCUGGACAAAGAAAUAGAGAAGUCAUAUCCUGGGGAAGUGGGAGACAGAAUUCACCGCGUAUGGGCCAGCCUGGAUCGGGCGCCAUGCCAUCAAGAUCCACUUCUCACACUUCAGAUUUCAACCCGAAUUCUGGUUCAGACCAAAGAGUAGUUAAUGGAGGUGUUCCCUGGCCAUCGCCUUGCCCAUCUCCUUCCUCUCGCCCACCUUCUCGCUACCAGUCAGGUCCCAACUCUCUUCCACCUCGGGCAGCCACCCCUACACGGCCGCCCUCCAGGCCCCCCUCGCGGCCAUCCAGACCCCCGUCUCACCCCUCUGCUCAUGGUUCUCCAGCUCCUGUCUCUACUAUGCCUAAACGCAUGUCUUCAGAAGGGCCUCCAAGGAUGUCCCCAAAGGCCCAGCGACACCCUCGAAAUCACAGAGUUUCUGCUGGGAGGGGCUCUAUAUCUAGUGGCCUAGAAUUUGUAUCCCACAAUCCACCAAGUGAAGCAGCUACUCCUCCAGUGGCAAGGACUAGUCCUGCAGGGGGAACAUGGUCAUCAGUGGUCAGUGGUGUUCCAAGAUUAUCUCCCAAAACUCACAGACCCAGGUCUCCCAGACAGAACAGUAUUGGAAAUACUCCCAGUGGGCCAGUGCUUGCUUCUCCCCAAGCUGGUAUCAUUCCAGCUGAAGCUGUUGCCAUGCCCAUUCCAGCUGCAUCUCCUACACCUGCCAGUCCUGCAUCCAACAGAGCUGUGACCCCAUCGAUGGAAGCUAAAGAUUCCAGGCUUCAAGAUCAGAGGCAGAACUCUCCAGCAGGGAAUAAAGAAAAUGUUAAGCCCAAUGAAACAUCACCUAGCUUUUCAAAAGCUGAAAACAAAGGUAUAUCACCAGUUGUUUCUGAACAUAGAAAACAAAUCGAUGAUUUAAAGAAGUUUAAGAAUGAUUUUAGGUUACAGCCAAGUUCUACUUCUGAAUCUAUGGAUCAACUACUAAACAAAAAUAGAGAUGGAGAAAAAUCAAGAGAUGUGAUCAAAGACAAAAUUGAACCAAGUUCUAAGGAUUCUUUCAUUGAAAAUAGCAGCAGCAACUGCACCAGUGGCAGCAGCAAGCCGAACAGUCCCAGUAUCUCCCCUUCAAUACUUAGUAACACUGAGCACAAGAGGGGACCUGAGGUUACAUCCCAAGGGGUGCAGACUUCUAGCCCAGCAUGUAAACAAGAGAAGGAUGAUAAAGAGGAGAAGAAAGAUGCAGCUGAGCAAGUUAGGAAAUCAACAUUGAAUCCCAAUGCAAAGGAGUUCAACCCUCGCUCCUUUUCUCAGCCAAAGCCUUCUACAACCCCAACUUCUCCUCGACCUCAAGCACAACCUAGCCCAUCUAUGGUGGGUCACCAACAGCCAACCCCAGUUUAUACUCAGCCUGUUUGUUUUGCACCAAAUAUGAUGUAUCCAGUCCCAGUGAGCCCAGGUGUGCAACCUUUAUACCCAAUACCUAUGACGCCCAUGCCGGUGAAUCAAGCCAAGACAUAUAGAGCAGGUAAAGUACCAAAUAUGCCCCAACAGCGGCAAGACCAGCAUCAUCAGAGCACCAUGAUGCACCCAGCCUCUGCAGCAGGUCCACCCAUUGUAGCCACCCCACCAGCUUACUCCACUCAGUAUGUUGCCUAUAGUCCUCAGCAGUUUCCAAAUCAGCCACUAGUUCAGCAUGUGCCACAUUAUCAGUCUCAGCAUCCUCAUGUUUAUAGUCCUGUAAUACAGGGUAACGCGAGAAUGAUGGCACCACCAGCACAUGCCCAGCCUGGUUUAGUAUCUUCUUCUGCAACCCAGUACGGGGCUCACGAGCAGACACACGCGAUGUACGUUUCCACGGGCUCCCUUGCUCAGCAGUAUGCGCACCCUAACACUACCCUGCACCCACAUACUCCACAUCCUCAGCCUUCAGCUACCCCCACUGGACAGCAACAAAGCCAACAUGGUGGAAGUCAUCCUGCACCCAGUCCUGUUCAGCACCAUCAGCACCAGGCCGCCCAGGCUCUCCAUCUGGCCAGUCCACAGCAGCAGUCAGCCAUUUACCACGCGGGGCUCGCACCAACCCCACCUUCCAUGACACCUGCCUCCAAUACGCAGUCGCCACAGAAUAGUUUCCCAACAGCACAACAGACCGUCUUUACAAUCCAUCCUUCUCACGUUCAGCCGGCAUAUACCAAUCCACCCCACAUGGCCCAUGUACCUCAGGCUCAUGUACAGUCAGGAAUGGUUCCUUCUCAUCCAACUGCCCAUGCGCCAAUGAUGCUAAUGACGACACAGCCACCCGGCGGUCCCCAGGCCGCCCUCGCUCAAAGUGCACUACAGCCCAUUCCAGUCUCGACAACAGCGCAUUUCCCCUAUAUGACGCACCCUUCAGUACAAGCCCACCACCAACAGCAGUUGUAAGGCUGCCCUGGAGGAACCGAAAGGCCAAAUUCCCUCCUCCCUUCUUCUGCUUCUACCAACUGGAAGCACAGAAAACUAGAAUUUCAUUUAUUUUGUUUUUAAAAAAAUAUAUGUUGAUUUCUUGUAACAUCCAAUAGGAAUGCUAACAGUUCACUUGCAGUGGAAGAUAUUUGGACCGAGUAGAGGCAUUUAGGAACUUGUGGGCUGUUCCAUAAUUCCAUAUGCUGUUUCCAAGUCCCGCAAGUACCCCAGCUCUGCUUGCCAAAACUGGAAGUUAUUUAUUUUUUAAUGGCCCUCAAAAAAGUCAUGAACACAUCAGCUAGCAAAAGAAGUAACAAGAGUGAUUCUUGCUGCUAUUACUGCUAAAAAAGGAAAAAAAAAAAAUCAAGACUUGGAACACCCUUUUACUAAACUUGACAAAGGUUCAGUAAACUCUUACCGUCAAACUGACGGAUUAUUAUUUAUAAAUCAAGUUUGAUGAGGUGAUCACUGUCUACAGUGGUUCAACUUUUAAGUUAAGGGAAAAACUUUUACUUUGUAGAUAAUAUAAAAUAAAAACUUAAAAAAAAUUAAAAAAUAAAAAAAGUUUUAAAAACUGA